AUGGCACCCGUGCUGCCCUCAGCCAGGGCUCUUCAGGAGCCAGUGACCUUCCAAGAUGUGGCAAUGGUCUUCACACAGGAGCAGUGGGGGUACCUGGACCCUUCUCAGAAGAAGCUAUACCAGGAUAUGAUGCUGGAGAACUACAGGAACGUGGUCUGCCUGGCCCUAGAAGGACUAGCUGUGUCCAAGCCCAAGGUGAUCCACCAGCUGGAGCAAGGGGAGGCUCCUUGGAGGCCAGAGGGGAGAAUCCCAGGAGCAGCCAUCCAGAAAGAUGAGUGCCAAUUUAAAAGAGAAAGACCUGUUAGCUUGCUUAGCAUUGGAUAUGAAGUGGUCAGGAUACUUGAAGAUGGGGAAUCUAGGCCUGAAACCAAGGACUUCUCUCCAGAGAUGGUUAUUUCUAUGGAGCCUUCAUCCCAGCAUGAACUCAAGCAGAGCAGUGAAGAGAAGAAUUCUGGGGAAGUAAAAAUAAACUACGUGAAAACUCCCACUAAAGUCAGAGGCUAUGAUUGUGGCCAAAGCAUCAGGCUAGAACUCAUGCUUUUCUCGAAACAGAGAACAUCUAUAGAAGAAGAUCUUUACAAAUGUGAUGGAAAGAGCUUUAUUGUGUCUUCUGACCCAAGGAAAUAUCAAAAAAUAUCCUCAAAGGAGAUAGUUUCCAAAGGACAGCUUACUAGACACCAGAGAAUACACACUUUAGAGAAACCUCAUGAAUGUAAUGAGUGUGAGAAGGCCUUCUACCAGAAAGACCAGUUUACUCAACAUCAGAGAAUUCAUACUGGAGAGAAACCUUAUGGAUGCAACAAAUGUGGGAAGGUCUUUCAACCUGAGCUCUCAGCUGAAAACACACGGCUCUUUUCUCAUUUGAUUGGCUCCUUGAUUCUCCCAUGGCACCCAGAGAAAAACCUUCACCACCAUAAUGAGGUGAUUCCGGGAAGGGGAGCUAUCAAGGGAUGCGUCUAUGAUGCCUUUGGGAGAACCCACAAGUACGGGUAUUGUAAGAAACAGGUAAACAGGCACAACUCCCGGUCUGGUGCAAAGCAGAAAGACCAUUUUGUUAUGAACUUGCAAGAAAGGGUGCACACUUCCAAAGAAGCUGUGCAAAGCAUGCUCAUCGCAGCGAGCCUUAUAUUGGUCCCUAAGCAAAGAUAUACUCCCCCUCCCCCUUUCAAAGUUGAUCUGGCUACUCCGGAUGCACAUUCUUCUCCACACUCCUAA